AUGGCCUCAAUGAAUAACAACUUCUCUGGUAAUUUCCCAAUCCUCGCAAACGGAGAGUCCCUACAUACACACCAAGGCAAACUAUCUGGAAGUUCAGACCUACGCCCAAAUUACCCUACCGAUUUUGAUAAACCUGUUACUUACAAUUUCUCUGUCGCACAAGGCCAAAAUCCUCCAGGAUCGAGACCGAAUCAACAUGAGAACAAUCCUGGUAUACCACUUUCGAACGGUCAUGCCACAAAUGCCCAAAAUUGGAGUCCCGCGCAAUUGCUAAAUCCUCGAAGCAUUAAUCAAAACUCACGACCCUCGCCCAGUUUAUCCCCUCAUCCCCAACCAAAAACUACACCAGUUCCCCAGCCUCUAUUUCAGUUCGACACUCCCGGCGGAUCGUAUACGCCGUCACCUCCCUCGAACCCGAAUUAUAACGUGAACUCGAACUCGAAUGGUCAUAAUGGCUUUGCAUCAUACGCGAACCCAAGUGGGCAGAUGCCGGGCAUGGGAAGUUUUGUGGAUCGAAUGCAUAAUGUUACAGAUCGCGACAUGGUACCUCAAAAACGCCGCAGAGUAGAAGACUUGACCGGGGAGGGUAGCAGAGCACAAUUUAAUGGAAGUUCUAGUGGAGGUGCAUACGGACAAUAUGUGAAAAGUAGGAGGGUUGAAGGCUCGAAGGAUGGUUGUACAAAACAAGUACUCGACUUAUCGCUAGUGGACGAUGAUGAUGUUGUAGUUGUCGGGAAUGAGCAGGAUAGGGAAGUUUGCUAUGGACGUAUUGAAGGAUCUCAACUCAACGCUCAUCGAGUACCAACCCCAAAACCUGGCGCCCAAUCACUUAUACCCGAAAACUGGCCGCAGAUAAAGAUUGUUUUGAGAAGAAAGGAAGGGGAUAAGACAAAUAAUAUUCACGCUCUCGAUUGUACUCGCGAAAUUAUUGGCUGCGUCGAUGUGAAUACCGCAAUUGGACUGGCACCCAUUCUCGACUCGCCAAAAAUGGGUGUCAGAACAGCUGCCCGUAUUCUUACAAGAAGAAAGGCGCCGGAUGAUCAGCCAGUGGGUUCCCCAUGCUCUGUUCGUUAUAAUUUGGAUUUAAAUCUUUAUGGACCAAAAAAGCACGCUCUUCAAAUUGGUCGACAUCUCUCUCACAAGCAAUUGUGGUUACGAACCCCACUUUCUGUAGAAGCCGGCAUUCCGUUGCACAAUCCUCAUGCUAUAGAGAAGCCUUCGAGGGCCUUACAGCCGACAUCUAAUUCAUACUCGUCUUACGCAUCUCGUUCUCAGGCCCCUGCUCGGACAACAGAAGAAAUCCGAAAUGAUGUUUUGGGAGUUUUCGACUCAUUGCCGAGAUCUGAGAAUUUACCAGAGAUGGAGCCAAGUUCUUUAAUUACUACGGAGCUACUCAAACAUCAGAAACAGGGUCUCUACUUCAUGAUAAAUAGAGAAAAGGAGCGAAAUUAUGAGAUAAAUGACAAAUGCGAUCUGUGGAAACUUAGACAUGGGAACAAUGGGCAGAGGAUAUAUUAUAAUGUUAUCACCGGUGAUGAGGAACGCAAAAGUCCACCGCAGGUACUUGGUGGAAUUCUUGCCGAUAUGAUGGGCCUUGGCAAAACUCUCAGCAUUCUCUCCUUGGUAGCUACAACGCUGGAUGAUUCGAGAGACUGGGCGAAGCAAAGACCAUCAAAAUCUGAUCAGAGAGAGCAGCCAGUUCUUAAAUCAGGCAAGGCUGCCGCUCAGCCCAAGUUCGAACCCGCAACUCUCGCUUUGAACUGCAAAACUACCCUUUUAGUUGCUCCGCUCAGUGUCAUUUCCAAUUGGGAAGAUCAGAUCAAGGCACAUAUUAAACCCGAUGCUUUGAAGUAUUACAUCUAUCAUGGCGCUAAUCGCAUCAAGGAUGUUACGAAAUUAUCAGAGUAUGAUAUGGUCAUUACUACAUAUGGUUCUGUCGCUAGUGAAUGCAACAACAGGAACAAAAAGAAAGAUGGUAAAUAUCCUCUCGAGGAGAUGAAUUGGUUCCGAAUUGUACUCGAUGAAGCUCAUAUGAUUCGGGAACAAUCAACUUUGCAAUUCAAGGCUAUUUGUAGGCUUUCAGCACAGCGUCGAUGGGCAUGCACAGGUACACCAGUUCAGAAUCGACUUGAAGACUUAGGUGCUUUGAUGAAUUUCCUUCGCGUCAAACCAUUUAACGGAAGUGGCUUUGCCCAACAUAUACUAUCCCCUUUCAAGAUUUGCGAUCCUGAAAUCAUUCCCAAACUUCGAUUGUUAGUUGACAGCAUUACUCUUCGUCGACUCAAGGAUAAAAUCGAUCUUCCUAAGCGUCAUGAUCAGAUUGCUAGGCUAGAUUUCAGUGUUGAAGAGCGUAUGGUCUAUGAUAUCUUUGAAAAGAAUGCAACAGAUAGGCUUAAGGUUAUUACUUCUCAGGGAGAAAGUGCAUUGGGAGGCAAAACUUUCCAUCACAUUUUGCAAUCAAUAUUGCGUCUUCGUCAAGUCUGCGCUCAUGGCAAGGAUUUGUUGAGUCCCGAAGACUUGAAAAUCAUGAACGGUCUAAGCAAGGACUCCGCUAUCGACCUUGAUAGUGAAGAAUACGAAGAUCACGAUGGAAUGACACCCAAACAGGCUUAUGAAAUGUAUAAGUUGAUGAGAGAUACAGGUACAGAUAGUUGUUUGACAUGCAAUCGGAAGAUUGGCUCUCAGGAUGUUGUCGAUUCUGAUGGCGAAUCUAAGGAGGAAGUUAUUGGUUACAUGACACCAUGUUUCCACAUUAUCUGUGGCUUGUGCAUUGGUGCUUACAAAUCUCAAUUAGAAGAGAUGGCUUUUGGUGGCUCUUUAGUCGGAUGUCCUACUUGUCACCAACAAAUUUCUCCGUCUAUGUUCUUUUCUCUCAAACAAGAGGAAGUAGACAAGGAAGAAGAAUCCCGAUUGAGAACCAAGGAAUCGGCGAAAGCAGGCAAGGAUUUAUCAAAUUAUGCUGGACCUCAUACCAAGACAAUAGCUUUAAUCCAUGAUCUUCUGGCAUCCAGAAGAGAAUCACAAGCAAGACCGAACGAGCCACCUAUCAAAAGUGUUGUAUUUUCUGGUUGGACAACUCAUCUUGACCUUAUCCAACUCGCUUUGCAGGAGAAUAAUAUUCCUUACACACGUCUCGAUGGUAAAAUGACUCGUAUCGCUCGUUCGAUGGCCAUGGAAAAAUUUCGCGAUGAUCCAUCAAUCGUUGUUAUUCUGGUUUCCAUCGCUGCAGGUGGCCUAGGUCUCAAUCUCACCACUGCUAAUAAGGUCUAUGUCAUGGAACCUCAAUUCAACCCUGCAGCUGAAGCUCAAGCUAUUGAUCGUGUGCAUCGAUUGGGUCAGAAGAGAGAGGUACAGACAGUGCGAUUCAUUAUGAAUAAAAGUUUCGAAGAGAAAAUGUUGCAAAUUCAAGACAAGAAGCAAAAGCUGGCGAGCUUGAGUAUGGACUCCCAGAAGGGAAGGCUAGAUAAGAAAGAAGCGUCGAUUAGGAGAUUGGAAGAGUUGAAAGAUUUGUUCAGGAAGUAG